UCUCCCGGUACCGUGAAGUGUCUUGGUGUUUUCUUCCAUUUUCCGAUCAAUACUUUUUCAUCUCAGAAACAAUUAUGAAGGCUUGUCUGGAAAUUCUUCGCGUGGCUGUCCUCAACAAGGAGGACGCCCGCACCCCAACCCAGCUGACGGUGUCCUACAAGGGCUGGUGGCACACGCCUCUGCUGCACGUGCCCCUGGCCAUGGAGCCGCUGCGUGACGGCGUGCACGCCACUCGCAAGGGCGGCAAGAUAGCCCUCGUCCAGAGGUUUGCCAGCGGAAAGGCGCCCACGUUCCGCGUGAAGGGCCGCAGCAGCAAGCUGGAGAUCCGCCUGUACGCGCGGCGCACCCUCAGGACGCGAGUCCAGGUAGAGGUGGGCCACCUCGUGUGUGGCACUGCCGAGAGGCUGCUCAAAGUGCCCUUCGAGGUGAAGGUUGGCGGGAAGGUGGAGAAAGCCUUCCUGGUGGUGGCGCAGACCUCACCCGUGCCCACCCCUCCACCCCCGCCCAUUUACCCGGUGGGACACAAGCGGCUAUCGAGCCCACCAGUCCCGAAGUGCAGCUUCCCCCUGGGAGAGUACGAGCCCUCUCAGGCCAGGCUGAAGUUCCUGGUGCAGGAAAUGUACGGGCCGAUGCCAGACCCCGGGGAGUGGCUGGUGCCCGCCAGCCCCUCAGGCGCCCGGUGCUCGGCGGCAGAGGCCACGCCCCUGGCAGGUGAGACACACGGCGAGGCUGACGACGGCUCAGAAGAAUGCGAAGCGAACAGCGUGGGAGUACAGACUGACGGCGUCGUGCAGGAAAGCACUGACAGCGCGCGCUGCUCCCCGCAGACCAGUCCACGGGCAGUAGGCGACCGCUACGUGCGACUGUGGAAUGCGGCGUUCGGGGAGCGUGCAGAAUCCACGCCGCGACAAGAACAGCGAAGGGAACGUCGCCGGCCGAGUCUAAGUAGAAUUACUAGUUUCGAGCGCCUAUGUACCACCGUGUUUGGGGAGGCGACGGACUGUGAGGAGGAGGACCAGGUCAGCCUAGCCCAGGCUGGUGUACGCCAAACGGGACCACAGACCCGUGUGUUUGGGGAGAGGCCUGGACGCCAGCAGCGAGAGGCAAGUGAGGACCCCUCAGUAGGCGCCGCAGAUCAGCCUGCAGAAGUCAGUGCCCGCUGUGUGCGGCUGUGGAAUGAAGUGUUUGGUGAAGUGCAGAAUGUUAGCGACACGCGGAGAAUUACUCUCACACCGGCCCGGAGAAAUCCAAGUCCAACACCGCCACGGGAAACCGCGAAGCGAACACCGUCACGAGUCGCCUCACUAGGCACCGCAGAUCAGCCCGUGGCAGUCAGUGCCCGCUGGGUGUGGCUGUGGAAUGAAGUGUUUGGCGAAGUGCAGUGAGGUGUUUGGUGAAGUGCAGUACUUCAGACUGAGUAUUGUACUUCGCUGUGACACACGGAACUGAGGCGGAGCUGCUGUUUGGUUUAUGUUGAAAGGAGUCUGUGUGACGAUGGUUCUUAAUCCUUUCAGUCCUACUUGGCACAGCUGUCCUUAGUCGCAAAACACUCAGACAUUUCUUUCUGUGCUGCAGUCACUUCCAGAUAUUCUGGCGACCAGACAGUGAAAAUCUCUUUCAAGAUGUUGUGUUGUGUUUUUAUUGUUGUAAAUAGCUGCA